AGCCAUCUGUGUCACCCUGUCUCCGUGUGGCCUACUGCUCUGGGUUCUCCUCUGAGGCAUCUCUGGAAGCAUCUGUGGAUCAUAAUCAGGAAAGUCAUUUUCCGAAAGAUGAAAACCUGUGCCCGAGAAGGUAGUGAGAGAGGAUGGAGUGAGCCUUGACCAUGCCCAUGUGUGGCCUGCCUGGAACGGUUCAUGCUGGUGUCUCUGUCCUCGCCGGGACACAGGGAGUGGUGAUGGUUUCUAGAAUUGAUGGCUGGGGGCUUCUGGGAGAGUCUCGGGGUCGGCGCAGUGACCGUGGCCUCUGUGCAGCACAGGUGCAGGAGAACUCCCCCGCCCAGCAGGCAGGCCUGGAGCCCUACUUCGACUUCAUCAUCACCAUCGGGCACUCAAGGCUGAACAAGGAGAAUGACACGCUCAAGGCCCUGCUGAAGGCCAACGUGGAGAAGCCGGUGAAGCUGGAGGUGUUCAACAUGAAGACCAUGAAGGUGCGCGAGGUGGAGGUGGUGCCCAGCAACAUGUGGGGCGGCCAGGGCUUGCUGGGCGCCAGCGUGCGCUUUUGCAGCUUCCGAAGGGCCAGCGAGCAUGUGUGGCACGUGCUGGAUGUGGAACCCUGUUCCCCUGCCUCCCUCGCUGGCCUGCGCCCCUACACCGACUACGUGGUUGGCUCAGACCAGAUCCUCCAGGAGUCCGAGGACUUCUUCUCACUCAUUGAGUCCCAUGAAGGGAAGCCCUUGAAGCUGAUGGUUUAUAACUCCGAGUCCGACUCCUGCCGGGAGGUGACUGUCACUCCCAAUGCAGCCUGGGGAGGAGAGGGCAGCCUGGGCUGUGGUAUCGGCUACGGGUAUCUGCACCGGAUCCCAACCCAGCCUCCCAGCCACCACAAGAAGCCAUCUGGUAUCCCACCACCGGGUGUCCCGCCACCUGGUGUCCCGCCACCUGGUGUCCUGCCACCUGGUGUCCCACCGCCUGGUGUCCCACCACCUGGUGUCCCGCCGCCUGGUGUCCCACCACCUGGACCCACCCCCCAGGACUCUCCUGCCCCUUCUGGCCUGGAGACAGGCUCCAGGCAGGGUGACUACGUGGAGGCCCUGCUGCAGGCACCUGGCUCCUCCAAGGAGGAACAGCUCCCUGGGCUCGAGAGUUCUGGCCAUGGCACUCCAGACCUUGGCGACCUUCCCCGUUCCAUGGAGAUUCCUCUUCAGCCUCCGCCUCCACUGCAGCGAGUCAUGGACCCAGGCUUCCUGGAUGUGUCCGGCAUCUCCCUUUUGGACAGCAGCAAUGCCAGCGCCUGGUCUGGGCUGCCCUCCUCCACAGAGCUGACCUCCACUGCAGUCUCAGCCUCAGGGCCGGAGGACGUCUCCUCCAGCAGGGGUUCUCGUGAACGUGGCGGUGAGGCCACCUGGUCUGGGUCAGAGUUUGAGGUCUCCUUCCCAGACAGCCCAGGUGCCCAGGCGGACCACCUGCCUCAGCUGACACUUCCCGACAGCCUCACCUCUGCAGCCUCACCAGAAGAUGGGCUGUCCGCUGAGCUGCUCGAAGCCCAGGCUGAGGAGGAGCCAGCAAGCACAGAGAGCCCAGAUUUCGGGGCAGAGGCUGAGGGGGCAGCCAGCCAAGCACAGCUCUCCACCCCAGAAUAAAACCCCAGGCUCUAAGAAGGGCCUCUGAUGGCAUUUCAUGAGGCCCAGAAGUGGGAGGCAGCUCAGGGCACACUGCGUGGCCAAGCCCCCUGCAUUAUGCUUCGUAGGCUUCUGCUGAUGGGGUGGGGGGUGGUGUGGCUUGUGUCCACUCCGACCCUACUGGUCUCCAAGAGGUGGCCUCCCAGCAUUCAUUCUGCCUGAUGGUCCUGCCUUUGGGGAAUUGGCCACUUGUUUGAGAAUCUCAAGUACUUUUGGGGUAGUAGCGGGCUGGGAGUAGCACCCAGGUUAAAUAAGUUUUCCAGGAGCUAGGGUAGGAGAGCAAAGGAUUCUUUGCCGCUCAGGUAGGGCAUGCAACUUCAGUGGGUGGAGUAAGAGGAGGCCGCGGGCCUUGGGGAAGGGCAUCUUUUGGCCACGUACCCACUGCUUGCUCCUGCUCUGGUCACUGUGGCUGCACAGAAGGUAGCAGAGUCCAGGCACCAUCAGGUGUGAAGAUGAUGGGGUGAGGGACAAAGGGGUUGGUGUGGAGUGUUUGCCUAAUCGCUCUCUAGGGCUUGCAGUGAUUCCACAGAGCUCAGCCAGCUCUAUCUGUAAUGGAAGGCACCCCCAAGCCCUGGGGACCCCUGCUGCUCCAAUUACUGUCUCACUCUGUGCUACACUGCACAGUUGGCUCAUGCUGACCACAUAUUCCAGCCAUGGUUGGAGGAGAGGCAGUGAACUUGCCCACCUUCUGAGGGAGGAUGGUUGGAAAUUCUAGGCCCUUCAGCACACUCACCUGUGCUUGGACCACAAUGCUUCUUCUUCCCCACCGUCUACACCCCACAGACCUAGUGUCCCCAUUUGUGACUCCUGUCAGCUCCCAAACUUUUACAACCAUCUCUUCUAAAUAUACAAGUCAUCCAGUCAGCCCCAGUGGUGAGUAAAAGUUACAAAUUUAAUUUCACCAUCCUAAGCAGACUCUCAGAGCCAGUCCUCCUGACUGGAGUGCUUUACACACAGCUCCCACUCCAAGGGGAGAUGAGGGGCCUGGACAAGAUUGGGUAAGGGCCCUUCUGUUCUUUCCUGUAUUACAGGAGAGGGCUGUUCCCCUCACCUCCAGUGCCUUGGGAGGCUAAGACUAGGUUGGGUCUUUUGCUCUGCCUGGUUCCUGAAGGAAGAGGAGGGCUCCAUCCAGGGAUGGCCCCUCAUCACUUGAAGUCCUCUCCUCUUUGGCUAGAGUCCCUCACCUUCCCACACCCUUUGCUGAGUACCAUGAAAGCUGCCUCUGGCCUGGCCUUCUAGCCUCGGCCCCGUCGAGUCCCACCUUUACCAUUUGAUUUGGAAUGUGUGCACUUACAGGGAAUUCAGAGCUCUCUUAGGCUCAUAGGACAAGGACUGUCUGCUCUGUGGGGCACAGACCAAGUAUAUGGAGGGAGGGCCCCAAACCAGCAAACACUUCGCUUUUAGCACUGUGACUACAUUUAAAAAGCAAGUCUUUGUCAAGUCUACCAGAGCAGCUGAUAAGCCCACAGAACAGGGAGGCAUUGUGUCCAAAGCCAGUGCUGGAGCCUGGUUCCUGGAUGGUCUGGGAGCCCAGUGCAGCAAUCCAGGAAGUAGAAAAGAAUCACCAUGGGCCUGUUCUGAGGCCAGCUUCCCUUCACUGUAGCCUGGCAGCCCGACCCAGAGUCACCCUCACCCAAGGGACCUGGUUCUUCCCUCCCUCACUUUCACACACUCCCCUCCUUAAAUUGGGGGAUAAAAU